GUGGGUCUAGUAUGUCCGCGCGAAGCCCUGCAUGAAUGUCGAAUGACAUAUGCCAGGUUUCGCUCGGAUUGAAAGUCCCAUGGGCCCAUCAGGUCGAGCUGUCGGGAGUCGGGAUUGGAAAUGACCUGCUCUCCUUGACAAUUCCCUUGAUCUCUGUUCAUUUCCUGCCAUGGCAUUUGCAGGCCGACCGGAUCGGACCACGACCUAGCCUGGAGUAUCGGAUUGAUGUGGAUGGAUGGAUACAUAGACGUGAUUACCAAAUCCAAGUGGGGCAUUGUGAUCUAUCGCCGUCGCUGACAACCACCGAACAACGCUAUUCUUGAGCUCAGCUGAUCACGACCCGGUCGGAACUAUUGAAGCCAGAGUCGGAGCAGAUGCAGUGAUGCGAAACCUGAUACGUUGAUGAGAACACAAGAGUCCAGAUUUGGGAUCGUCGGACAUUUACAUUGCCGCUAUCGAGUCGGAAGUCAGAUAAUUUGGUCCGAUUCGGGAGGCUACCGAGAGGCAGUCGUACAAAAGUGCCGAUCAACCGACGAGUCGAUGAUGACGUCCCUCCGCGCGUUCCAUGGGCGUCCAGGGUUCUGCGUCGGUCUGCGCUGGUCUGCGCAGGGCCUGUCGUUAGCCACGGCGCCACUCGGCCUCUUAUGCCACUCGAAUUGGCACACUCCCGCCUUCCGUCUGACCCGAUCUUGCUAAACCCUGUGUCAUAGGUCAUCGGCCGGAGGUCAUGAAUUUCCUCUCUUAAGUUGGGCCCUGGUGCCUGGUCCUGUCUGGUUGGAACGUUUUUUGUUUUUUUUCUUCUCUUCUCUUUCCACCGUCGCAGGCUGUUCUUAUACACCUCUCCAAUAUAUCCUGUACAUAAUACCGCCAGAAUUCAGAUUCUCAGAUCCCCAGAUCUGCACCCGUCACCCACUUGUGCUCAUUUCCCCUCAUAACGCCGUAACGACUUGAAAGUGAUCUGUCGCAUUCCUCCCCGCACGCAUUCUCUAGUGGCAAUUCUGCCGAUCCCGCCGGAUUCUCCUUCAGCCAUAAACAUCCCUACCUCAUCGCUGGCUGGGCAUUCCGGAUCGUUUUGAGAAGCAUUCUCCGGUUCCAUGACUGCUGUUUGCAGCGCAACUUUCGCGUGUCAGACAGCGUGUCGCCUAUAGAUUGCGCCGAGAUUGUGAAGCUUUUUUUUUUUUGUUUGUUUCGCUAGUGUGCGCCAUCUGAUUGAGAUACCACUUCCCCUUCAGCGCUAGCCAUGUCUGCGUGGGAAAAGACAAAGCGCUACUCGAAGAAGGGCUUCGAUAAGGCAUGGGACACCGUCGACAAAUUAGGUGGCCCUGUCAAUCGCUUGUCGAACAAACUUGGUGCCGAGGCCUUUUGGCCCAUGUCAAUCGAUAAAGAAAGCGACAAAGCCGCCCGGAUCUUGCGCAGUUUCUGCAAAGAUGGCUUCUAUGCCCCCGAAUCCGAAGAAACGACCGACGAGAAUGGCAAGAUUAAUCGACCCAAGGGAAAGCAACGGGUCAUCAAGAAGAUCCCCUCGAAGGUCAUCAAGAACGCCAAAGGGAUUGCCAUUUUCACCACAAUGAGGACCGGUCUCUGGAUCAGUGGCUCUGGAGGUAGUGGUGUACUGGUGGCCCGUAUCCCCGAGACGGGGGAAUGGAGUCCGCCGUCAGGUAUCAUGCUUCACACUGCUGCCAUUGGGUUCUUGGCUGGUGUCGACAUUUACGACUGCGUCGUCAUCAUCAACACGUACGAGGCACUCGAAGCCUUCAAGAAAGUCCGCUGCACACUCGGUGGAGAGGUCAGCGCUACCGCCGGCCCCGUCGGGAUGGGUGGCGUGCUCGAAUCCGAAGUUCACAAACGCCAGGCCCCGAUCUGGACGUAUAUGAAGAGCAAGGGUUUAUACGCUGGUGUCUCCGUGGACGGAACCAUCAUCAUUGAACGAACCGACGAAAACGAGAAAUUCUAUGGUGAGCGUAUCUCUGUGACCGACAUCUUGGCAGGAAAAGCGCGCCGCCCACCAGACUCGAUCAAGGGUCUUCUUCAGACCAUCAAAGCAGCCCAGGGCGACGUGGAUGUCGACGAAAGCCUUGUUGCACCCCCCGGCGAAACACCCGGUGACCUGGAUCUCGAGGGGGAUGACCACGCCUUUGGUGUGCCUCGUAUAGACGAUCCGGACCCCUACGGAGUGAAGGCGUUGGAGGCCGAGGGCAUGUUCAUCCGGGAGGCCGGCUCGAAGGUGAGGCCAAGUCAUGAAGUUUUUGAAUUCCGGCCCAAUCCCAGCAGCCCAGUCUAUGCGACAUUCUCCCGGCGCAGCCUCGAUAGCUCGCCGCGGAAUAGUUGGCGGGCUAGCGUGCAAAGCUAUACGAGUGUUGAUCGUGGCACACAAACAGAGGACGCCUCGCUAACUGCGCCAACGUCAGUAAGCCGAGCGUCCUCGCUCAGCGCAAAGGAAUCCACCAAUGGACCGUCUGCGAACCCGUGGGAGGAGGAUGAGAAAGCUGGUUGGGACACGGUGCCCAUCCAUGGUGGUAUUGAGGAAGAGGAGGGUACUCAAGAAAAGGCGAACACGAACGAGGUGAAUGGAAACGCCGAAAGUGAUAAGAACCAUGCCGUCGACGAGGACGACGAUUUUGAGGUACACGAGGUCUCCAGUGCGACUUUCACGAGACCUGAGACCCCGAAGGACGAGCAAGCCAAUGCUUCCGAGUCACGACGCCUGUCACCCACAUUCACAAGGGCCAAGCUGGUCACCAUCAACAAGCGCGCGAAUCCUCCACCCUUACCUCCUCGUCACCCUCGCCACACCUGGGGGUCUGGCUCCAGUCGUGAAUCAACUUCUCCAACUGCACUCUCAUACACUAGCCGAAGCACCGAGCAGACCGAAACUGCCCCCGAAGCGACUGAAGAGUCCAUCGAGCAACCUAGUGAGACCAGCGGACUUUCCUCGAAUGUCAAGACCCUCCAGACUAGAACAGCCGUCCCCGCUAUUGUUGAUGAGGUCGAUCUCGACCAGUCAGACGCUGAGUUACCUACCGACAAGGAAGAGUUCCUUUCGGCUGCUAGUGAUAACGAGGAUGAUGAUGAGCAACGCACGCUCGCCGAAGGACUGGCCGCUCUUCAGACCGAGGAACCUAAGAAAGAGUUUACCGAUUCUGUCGCCGAGGCCGAGACUUCAGAGACCGAUAUCAAGUCAGAAAAGAAGGAAAUCGAGGGCGCCGAGGAUGUGCUGAGCGAGCUUGAGGAGAGGUUCCCCUCUCCUGAGGUUGAGUCAAAAACCGACGCAGUGGACACCAGCAAGCUUUCCUUUGAUGAAAGGGCCGGUGCACUGGAGGUUCAUGAGGAGUCGGACGAUACCAUCGAAACUCCUGCGGACCAGAAAGUCCACACUCCCGACAUCAGUCCCAAGACCCAAGCAUGAAGGAGAUCCUCUUUUCUAGCUUCGGACCUUCGGGUCUGUACUGUGUCGCAUUUGCAUCCCCUUUCACUUUGUACCUAAUUCUCACGAUAACUCGUCUACAUGUUCUGGUUAGCUUUGGAGUUGGAGAUACCAUGUUUCUUUUUCGGUUGGUUCAUUUGGGGCUGCACUUUCACAUGGGAAAGUGCCCACCAUGGAUUGGUGACGUUUUGAAACUGGGUUGGUUCGUUUCAUUGGUACAUUUCUAGCGUUUCUGCAUGCGAGGUCUCAUUUGGAUCCUCUUUGGGUUGGUAUCGAUCCAUUCUUCUUGACGUAUAAGUUUCAACUGUGGAUACAUUGCAUUGCAUUUAUAACUUUUUUCUUCACGGGAUCUGCCGUCAGGCAGUUUGAACAUAUUAUGACCAAGUAGAAAGAGUGUAACGUGGGACGCGAUUCGAACGAAGUACACUGGUUAAAUAAAGGGUGACAUUAAC